CAUAACAGACAAUCCAUCCCAAUGGACAUCUCAAGGGCAGCCAGACAGAUUGUUGUGUAACCUGGCAACUCCAAGGAUUGUACAAAAAUCAGCAUCAAAUCAGAAAAUACAAGGAAAAAUUUUAUUUUCAACUGAGAAGAUAUCCCUGCAGAUGUAUAGACAACCAAUUUGAACCAACCAGAACAACACGGUAGUGUGGCAGUUGCAUGACAACAACACAGAUUAACCAUUGCCAAAAGUGUGUUUUUAUUAUAAUUAUUUUUUAUGCAUUUUCUCUUGAAAAAAGGGAAGUAACGCCCUCGUGGACUUCAACAAAAUAAGUGAUCAAGUUUUAAUCGGCAAAUGGAAUGAUGCCAUUAAUCACUAUCUAUGGCUCUAAGUCCUCUCAUUAGAAAAAUCUCAAGCCAGUUUUACUUUGUUUCUUCUCUCGAUCCCCCAAAGAUCACACACCUAGAUUUUGCAACGGUUAAAGCAUUUGAGUUUCCCGCCACCCCAUUCAAUUUUCUCAAGCCCUUCUCCUCACAUGAUAAUUCAACCAUCUUUCACACAUUCAAUUUCGAUUCCUUUUACGCUAAUUUACUCGACAGUUCGACCCGAAAUGCCCACUUAACCCAAAUCCAUGCUAAGUUAGUCCUUCUUGGUAUCCAUCAAAACGGUUUUUUAAUCACGAAACUCAUAAAUUCGGCUGUGAACCUUGGAGAAAUCAGCUAUGCACGUAAAGUGUUCGAUGAAUUUCCUGACCCAGAUGUCUUUUUAUGGAAUGCAAUCAUUAGAGGUUAUUCUAAGUGUAACAUGUUUGCUAAUGCUAUUGAAAUGUAUUCAAGAAUGCAAGUUUUAUGGGUUAGUCCUGACGGUUAUUCUCUCCCUCAUGUUCUUAAAGCUUGUGGUGGGUUACCAGGUUUUGAAAUGGGGCGGCGUGUUCAUGGGCAGAUAUUCAGGCUGGGGUUUGAAAAAGAUGUAUUUGUGCAAAAUGGGAUUGUUGCAUUUUAUGCGAAAUGUGGGAAAAUUGAGAGUGCUAAGGUUGUUUUUGAUGGGUUAGAGCUUAGGAAUGUUGUUUCUUGGACUUCAAUGAUUUCGGGGUAUGCUCAGAAUGGACAGCCUAUAGAGGCUUUAAGGGUUUUUGAUGAAAUGAGGAAAAUGGGUGUAAUGCCAGAUUGGGUUGCUUUUGUGAGUGCUAUUAGGGCACAUACGGAUGUAGAGGAUUUGGAACAUGGGAAAUCUAUUCAUGGUUGUGUGAUUAAGAUGGGCCUUGAAUUGGAGCCUGACUUGCUCAUUGCGUUGACUGCAAUGUAUGCAAAAUGUGGGCAAGUAAUGGUUGCCAGAUCCUUUUUUGAUCAAAUGAAAGUUCCUAAUUUGAUUUUGUGGAAUGCCAUGAUCUCUGGUUAUGCAAAGAAUGGCUAUGCUGAGGAAGCUGUAGAGCUUUUCCGCAAGAUGAUUUCUAACAAUAUCAGAACAGAUUCAAUAACUGCUAGGUGUGCUGUUGUAGCUUGUGCACAAGUUGGUUCUCUUGGGUUGGCUAGAUGGAUGGACAAUUAUAUCAGUAAAAGUGAGCAUCGAGAUGAUAUUUUUGUCAACUCAGCUCUUAUUGAUAUGUUUGCAAAAUGUGGAAAUGUUGAUAUGGCCCGUAUGGUCUUUGAUAGAACACUUGAGAAAGAUGUUGUCGUGUGGAGUGCUAUGAUUGUAGGCUAUGGAUUGCAUGGUAGGGGGCGAGAAGCCUUAGACCUUUACCAAUUAAUGAAGCAAGCUGGGGUCUGUCCUAAUGAUGUCACUUUUCUUGGACUUCUCACAGCUUGCAACCAUUCAGGUCUUGUAGAGGAUGGAUGGCGACUUUUCCACUGUAUGAAAGACUAUGGCAUUGAGCCCCGCCACCAGCAUUAUGCUUGUGUGGUUGAUCUUCUUGGACGUGGUGGCUAUCUAGAUCAAGCUUAUGAUUUCAUUAUGAACAUGCCAAUAGAACCAGGUGUAUCUGUGUGGGGAGCACUUUUAAGUGCUUGCAAGAUUUAUCGCCAUGUGACACUUGGAGAGUAUGCUGCAGAGCAGCUUUUCUCACUAGAAUCUUAUAAUACAGGGCAUUAUGUGCAGCUCUCCAAUCUCUAUGCUUCUGUCAGAAUGUGGGAUCGUGUAGCAAAGGUACGAGUUAUGAUGAAGGAGAAGGGACUAAGCAAGGACCUGGGAUAUAGUUUGAUAGAGAUCAAUGGGAAACUUCAAGCAUUUCGUGUAGGUGACAAGUCACAUCCACAAUCUAAGGAGAUUUAUGAAGAACUUGAGUCAUUAGAGAGAAGGUUGAAGCAAGCUGGAUUUAUUCCACAUACAGAUUCUUCCUUGCAUGAUUUGAAUUAUGAAGAGAUGGAGGAAACCCUUUGUAAUCAUAGUGAAAGAUUAGCAAUUGCCUUUGGGCUAAUAAGUACUGCACCAGAAACUACACUUAGGAUAACGAAGAAUCUCAGGGCAUGUAUUAAUUGUCAUUCAGCCACCAAGCUUAUCUCAAAGCUUGUUAACCGGGAGAUAGUAGUGAGGGAUGCAAACCGUUUUCAUCAUUUUAAAGAUGGAGUUUGUUCUUGUGGAGAUUAUUGGUAAGAGGCACAAGCUGUUUACAUUUAGCAUGAGCAUUCUGGUGUUCAGCUCAUCGAUAUGAAGGCAGUUUAUAAUCAUUUUAUGAAAUUUAGCUUUGUAUCUGAUAUGAAAACGAGAAAUCAGGUUACUUGCACAAA